AUGACACCGGCGAUCCAAGUACCCACUCCCUCGGGCCCACGGAAUGGCCCCGAUAUUCCCGGCGCCGGCAAGUUCAAGGUCCCCAAGCUACGUCUUGAAUGUCGCGAUCUCUCUCAUCCUGGGGCUGCGGUCUUUCUUAGCUCUGUCAAUGCUGCCGAGUGCCUCGCCAAGGCGGCCCAGCAUGUACUGGCGCUCCUGUAUGAAUCGCCCACGUGUCCUACCACAACAAUCCCGACAACACGAUCUGUGACGGUGAUCCUGCGUAGCAUGUCGGGUGUAGCUUACACCACCGGCUCUGACCUGGACAGCGAUCAUAAGGAGAUUCACUUCUCAGUCGAGUAUAUCGCCAACAUCCACCCCAUAUCUCGUCGUACAGAAGAGAUCAACGGCGUACUCACUCACGAGCUAGUUCACUGUCUCCAGUACAACGGUCAUGGAACUUGUCCAGGCGGCCUGAUCGAAGGCAUCGCAGACUGGGUGCGACUUCACUGCCUUCUCAGUCCCCCUCACUGGAAACGCGACAGCAAUGGAAAGUGGGACGCUGGCUAUCAGCAAACGGCCUAUUUCCUGGACUACUUGGAGGAGCGGUUUGGAAAGGGAACUAUUCGCCGCCUGAAUGAGAAGCUACGGAUCCAGAAGUAUGAAGAGAAGCCGUUUUGGACCGAACUGGUUGGACGGCCGGUUGAGCAGCUUUGGGGCGAUUACAAGGAGAAGCUUGAGUCGUAG